AUUCUUAGAUGACUUGUGAGAUAGAUAUGGUAACUCUGAACCAGCAAUUUCCAGUACAUAAACAUUUAACGAGGCUCUGUACAGUAUCACGUGCUUCUAUUUGUGUGAUCCGGGCACUAGAAGAUAUCGCAAGAGGUGUGCUAGCGAGUAGAAAUUCGAAUCUGUCCUCCACGUCUUCAUCUACAAGAUUUACCUACAUCUUUACUCAUGAUGCUUCUCGUUUUCAGUCUUCUAGUCGUCUACGGUGGAGUAACCGCUAGAGCAGCUCAUCACAUUGCGCCCUGCGCUAACGUCACGUCCGACUGCGCAAGCAAUCCAACGUGCAACACAAUUCUCACCACUUAUCAAACGGACUGCAUGCCGGCUUUCAACAACACCGGCUGUCCGAGAGCUUGCGUGUACACAGCUUUCAAGAGACUCUUCACUGAUCCCAUCGGACAAAGACUCCAUGACUGCCAGUGUGACACAGAUGCCUGCAGCAAUUUUACGACACAGUGCAGUAGAUGCGGGGCUCUGCUAACCGCAUGCGCGUUCGAUUCUGCGUGCAACGUCUACUAUCAAGACAUUCUAGCCAAAUGCGCUGCGGUACGCACCGGUUGCGACCAAACUUGUACCGACAGUUUCAACGCCGCCGUGAAGGCAUCGCUCAUUCUCGCUCAACUGCCAGAAUGCUCAUGCGACGCGGGUGACGUAGUCUGUGAGCAGCUAAGGAAUACUCUUAAUAGGUGUUACACCACGAAUGCUCCGAUGACCGACGCGUCGAGAGGCUCUCAAGCUGCGCAAGGUACUUCUACAGUUACAAGUACGGCUACUCAGCGGUCGGUGGCGGUCGGAGCGCUGGUGAUAGGAGUCGUCGCUGGUGUUCUUUGCGUUUGAGGUCUGGCUGCUUGCUUUUACAGUAACGUGGCCAGUCUGUACUGCUUGCUUGGCACAAAGAGCGCUGUUGAUGGAAAGAGAUGCUGUAUUAUAGGUGUCGUCUUCAUGUGAGGCAUCCAUGCAUCAAGUGUGUAGACUCACAGUAGAGACAACAAUUUGCGUAGUCUCUAGCUUACACUUCGUGGAUUGUACUUUUUGCUUGCUUUUUCAUUAACCUAAAUAAUGAAUAGAGAAGCACAUCACAGUGCUAAACCCUCGGCCAGUGUAUGUAAUCACAUAUCUCAUCAUGUGAUAAUGUUUUCUUUG